UGUAUGUUUAACUUAUAUGUGAUAGCGGUAUCGGCGACUGCGCUGCCGCCGGUAGUGUUUAGUGUUCCUUUGGCCGUGACGCCGAGCGCCGCGACGUUGCGUACUUACCACGUCCCGCGAAAACAAACUAUGCAAUUAUCUCCCUUUGAUAAGACGAUACAGCUCGUUAUCAGCUUGUGAUAAGUUAACAGUGUGAUAUCUGAUAAAAAAACGAAGUGGCCGACGCCUGUAUUAGUGUUCUUACAUAUUAUGUAAAACUCUGAAAGUCGAAGUUUUCUAACUAGUGCAAUUAUGACGACGAUGGCGGGGUCUCGUAAGACGGUCUCCGUUCACGACUACCCUGAACACCUGAAUCCGUUCCGGGAAGAGGAUAAUCACAAUAAGAUCAGGUUCUGGACGAUCGGUCGAAGAUUAAGCAGAUCCAACAGCAUUACAUUUUCUGGAAUUAAGGACCUAAAAAAAUCAUGGUCUUUGCGGUCUUUCAUGAGGAAAGGAAAAAAAGGUGAACAAGCGAGUUUGCAAGACAGUAAAACAAACCAAGUGAAUGGCGGCAACAGUCCUGUUAUCUUCAGGCGAGCUUUGCAAUACUCCUCAAUGUCUGGAACCCGCAGUACGGUAGGAUCACCGGAGCGUGCGGACCGCUAUGUUUACGGAGGUUCCGUCACGCCACUACCGCGCUCGCGGUUUCAAGAGCGCCUCCGUAGUUCUCAACAGGAAAUCAAUUCACUCAGUCCAACUCCCCGUAUGGCACGUAGCGAUAUUAUGGGGUCAAGGCUCAGUGUCGAGAGUACAAAUCCUUUCGAUGAAGCACCCAUUCCACCCGUACGCGCAUCUCGAAGAAAGAAAAAACGUGCUCCACCUCCGCCCGCCACAUCAGCUACUGACGACUCGAUGAACAGCGAGAACUUGGAACUGCGCAUAACAGAGCCUGAUGACAGUAAACAGUCUAAUAAUGUUGAUGACGAAAUUGAGGAAAUAAAUUUAAAGGUAGAACUAAAAAUAGUCGAAGACGAGGAUAAAAAUAUAACACCAAUAGAACCGGAAAAAUCAAAAGUUCCUAAUAAAGUUGACGAAAAUCUUCAAAUAGUCGCAAGUGAAGAAACCAAAGAACUGAAUAGUAUUAAUUCCAAUGAAAUAAAAGUUGACGAAAAUGUUGAAAAUAGAUCCAAAUCUGAAAAAGAUAUUGUUGCACAAGUCUCCUUUCCUAAAGUUGAUAUAUUAAAGUACAGAAGGAACUCUAGUGUUAAUGAGGAUGACAUUAAACUUCGACGAGGAAAUUUAGAAGAUUUCCACACAUUAUCAAACAAAAGGAGUAAAAGUUUAACAAAUACUUUCGAUGGAAGUUACGUGGCUUACGAUGUUAAUUUAAAUCAAAGUACAUGUUUUGAUAUAAACAGCAAUGAGGAGCCUAAAAAAGUUGUCUGUAAAGUAUAUGAUGACUCACGUAAGGAGAGCAUAGAUAAUUCUAUUUCAAGUACUGAAAAAGAUUUUUUGGAGAUUGACAAGGCAACAAGAGAAUUGGAAAAAGAAAUAAAUAAACUGAACUCGGCCUUAAUAGAAGAUGAUUUUAAUUUUGAUAAUAGUAACAGACUAUCGGUAUCUGAAAUAAAGCAGAAAUUUGACAGAAACGAUGCUAACUCACCAAAUCCGAUACCAAAGCCUAGAAGAAGUCACUAUGGCGAGCCUAGUACAGUCAAUGGUAAUAUCUAAAGGUCAUUAGUCGACAAUUUAAAACUUUUAAAAUGUAUCAUAAUAAUUGUACUACAUACAUAUAUGUUUUAAAAAAAUAUUAGGAUCUCAAAUAUUAUAUUUGUUAAAUUUUUCAACAUCUUUAUUUGUAUGAUAAAUAUUUUGCAAUCAUUUUGUUAAAAAGAAAAAUAUUAGACGCCAAAAAUAUUCUUUAUUUAAUUAAUUUAAUAGAUAAACUACUUAGUAUAAUUUAUGGGAAUCUUGUAAUACUAUAUUAGAGAUAAAAACGAGCAAUAACUUUUCCACAUAUAUAAAUAUAAUUAAGUGAAAUAUCAUAAACUAAUAUAUUAUAAAAGUUUAAUCAUCUAUUCACUACGUACUAAAAUAUAUUAUGUUCUUUUUUACUUUUCUUUAAUUUUAUUGAACCAUAAUAUACGUAAAUCAUCACGUUACCUACUCCAAAAAGAUUUUGCCAUAAUAAUACAUUAAGCUAAGAAUAAAGUGUGAUAUAUGUAUUUAUAUUAAAUAGUUUAUUCUCCAUAUUUAAUUUAUUUUGUAAGAUCAAAUACUAUUUCAGAGAUUUUAAUAUAAAUAUAAUUUCUUCUAAUAUCAAAUUUCUCUCUCAAAGUUAUUUACUCUGUGCUUAACAUUAUCAUAAAAUGAAAAAUCAUUCAAAAAUAUUGUAUCUUGUUCACUUUUUAAAAUAAAAUAUAACU